GAAAAUACUUCGCUGUUGGAUUACACAUCUGGAUUCUGUAGGUUCAUCGACUGAUCCGGCUAUACGCUCGUUUUCCGUUUGGUUGACGCUGUUUUCUUUCAUAAAUCGACGAUACUUUAAUUUUCUGUGAAUACUGACUACUACCAGGCAUUGAUAGAAUGGCAUCGCUAACAAAACCUAAGUCAGAAAUGACACCUGAAGAACUUUCAAAGAGAGAAGAGGAAGAGUUCAACACAGGCCCUUUAUCUGUGCUUACACAGUCCGUCAAAAACAAUACUCAGGUAUUAAUCAAUUGUCGAAACAACAAAAAAUUACUUGGCAGAGUCAAAGCAUUUGACAGACACUGCAACAUGGUUCUUGAAAAUGUCAAAGAGAUGUGGACGGAACUACCACGUACGGGAAAAGGAAAGAAAAAGGCAAAACCAGUGAAUAAGGACAGGUUUAUUUCAAAGAUGUUUCUUCGAGGUGACUCCGUUAUUCUGGUCCUAAAAAAUCCCUUAGCUACAGCAUCUGGGAAAUGAUUCCAUUAGUUUGUAAGAUUGUAAUAAUUUUAUAAUUACUUUUUACAAACUAAUGAUUAAUUAUUCUAAAAUAAAGAACCACCUAAGUUAAGCCACAAAA